AUGCCUACGACAGUUCACGAAAAUAUUGCUUUACUCAAUAUGAUGUCCUCGGACAACCUGGAAGAUGAGCUCAAAAGUGUUCAGCUACAUUUUCCAUCGAAUAGACAAUUGCACAACGAUGGCGCAUGCGUAGAGGAGAGGGUGAGGACGUCCCGCGGGGACCUGCUGGUCGCCGUCCGUGGGGACCGCAAUAAGCGCGCCAUAAUUACUUACCACGACCUUGGACUCAACUAUGCCGCCAAUUUCCAGGCAUUUUUUAACUUUGCUGAUAUGAGAGCGAUACUUAAACAAUUUUGUAUCUACCAUGUAACCGCGCCGGGCCAAGAGGAAGGCGCGCCGACCCUACCGGAAGAUUAUACUUAUCCGAGUAUGGAUGCACUCGCCUCUCAAAUAGACUUUAUUCUAGGUCAUUUCGGAAUAAGGUCAUUCAUUGGAUUUGGGGUAGGGGCGGGAGCAAAUAUUUUAGCUCGCUAUGCUAUUGUUAAUCCUCAAAAGGUAGAUGCUCUAGUGCUGAUUAAUUGCACAUCAACUCAAGCUGGCUGGACCGAAUGGCUGUAUCAGAAAAUUAACACAAGACAGCUGCGAUCGAGUGGAAUGACCCAGGGGGCGCUUGACUACUUAAUGUGGCAUCAUUUUGGACGCAGCACCGAGGAUCGCAACCAUGAUCUAGCACAGUUUUACAAAGACAGUUUCUCACAUGUCAACCCUAUAAAUUUGGCUAUGUUUAUUGAUUCUUACAUACGUAGAUCGGAUUUGAGCAUUGCGAGGGACACACAUUCUAUUAAAGUUCCUGUAUUGAAUGUGACCGGUGCUCUUUCACCACACGUUGACGAUACGGUGACCUUCAAUGGUCGCUUAGACCCGACUAAGACCUCUUGGCUGAGCAUCUCUGACUGCGGCAUGGUACUGGAGGAACAACCGCCUAAGAUAGCCGAGGCUUUCCGGUUGUUUUUGCAGGGCGAGGGUUAUUGCAGGUAG